CGCGUGCUGAUACCUGCGUUUUCGGAGACCCGCCCUCGCCAACAUGGCAGCUUCCACCUGGGGCGCGUCAAGUCCUUUCAAGUUUUGGCUGGGGUGGGGGUCUGUGCAUUAGAUAGUAUUUGGUUUCACAAUGUUUGGGGACCUAUUUGAAGAGGAUUAUUCCAGUGUGUCAAAUAAUCAGUAUGGAAAAGGGAAGAAAUUAAAGACUAAAGCUUUGGAGCCACCUGCUCCUAGAGAAUUCACCAAUUUAAGUGGAAUCAGAAAUCAGGGUGGAACAUGUUACCUCAAUUCCCUUCUGCAGACUCUUCAUUUCACACCUGAAUUCAGAGAAGCUUUAUUUUCUCUUGGUCCAGAAGAACUUGGUUCUUUAGAGGAUAAGGAUAAACCUGAUGCAAAGGUUCGAAUCAUACCUUUGCAGUUGCAGCGCUUGUUUGCUCAACUUCUGCUCUUAGACCAGGAAGCUGCAUCCACGGUGGAGCUCACCAACAGCUUCGGGUGGACCAGCGAUGAGGAAAUGAGACAACAUGAUGUGCAGGAACUGAAUCGAAUUCUCUUCAGUGCUUUGGAAACUUCUUUGAUUGGGACCUCCGGCCAUGACCUCAUCAAUCGUCUAUAUCAUGGAACCAUUGUUAACCAGAUUGUUUGUAAUGAAUGUAAGAACAUCAGUGAGCAGCAGGAAGACUUCUUAGAUCUAACAGUAGCUGUCAAAAACGUAUCUGGUUUGGAAGAUGCACUCUGGAACAUGUAUGUAGAAGAGGAAGUUUUCGACUAUGACAACUUAUACCAUUGUGGAACUUGUGACCGUCUGGUUAAAGCAGCAAAGUCGGCCAAAUUGCGCAAGCUGCCUCCCUUUCUUACUGUCUCAUUACUAAGAUUUAAUUUUGAUUUUGUGAAGUGUGAACGCUACAAGGAAACUAGCAGUUACACAUUCCCUCUCCGGAUCAAUCUCAAGCCUUUUUGUGAACAGAGUGAAUUAGAUGAUUUAGAAUAUGUAUAUGACCUCUUCUCAGUCAUUAUACACAAAGGUGGCUGCUAUGGAGGACAUUAUCAUGUAUAUAUUAAAGAUGUUGAUCAUCUGGGAAACUGGGAAUUUAAAGAGGAAAAAAGUAAGCCAGAUGUGAACUUGAAAACUCUUCAAAAUGAAGAGGAGAUUGAUGAUCCAUUGAUGAUACUACAAGCAGUCUUAUUACAGGAGGAGAAUAAUCUAAUUACUGUUGAUCAGCUGGGCCAGAAACUCUUGAAAAAAAUGGGAAUAUCUUGGAACAAGAAGUACAGAAAACAGCAUGGGCCACUGAGAAAGUUCUUACAGCUCCAUUCUCAGCUGUUUCUUCUAAGUUCAGAUGGAAGCACAGUUAGUCUGCUGAAGAGUCAUCCUGUCCAGGCCAACUCUAACUACCAAAGUACCAAUCAACAGAGUUUCCAGAUGCUUGCCUCAGAAGCCCCGGGAUCGAGUGAUAGCACUGCCUGUCCCCACUGGUUUGAUAUAAAUGACUCCAGAGUCCAACCAAUCAAGGAGAAAGAUAUUGAACAGCAAUUUCAGGGUAAAGAAAGUGCCUACAUGUUGUUUUAUCGGAAAUCCAAGUUGCAGAGACCCCCUGAAGCUCUAGCUAACCCGAGAUACAGGGUUCCCUGUCACCUGCUGAAAGAAAUGGAUGCAGCCAACAUUGAACUGAAAGUGAAAAGGGCAGAAUGUGAUUCUGCAAACAAUGAUUUUGAAUUGCACCUCCAUCUGGGCCCUCGUUAUCGAUUCUUCAAUGGGGCUCUGCACCCAGUAACCUCUCAGGCAGAAAGUGUGUGGGAUUUGACCUUUGACAAAAGAAAAACUUUAGGAGAUCUUCGACAGUCAAUAUUUCAGCUAUUAGAAUUUUGGGAAGGAGACAUGAUUCUUAGUAUAGCAAAGCAUGUACCAGCAGGACUUCACAUUUAUCAAACACUUGAUGGAGAUGAACUGACACUGUGUGAAGUUGACAUUGCUGAUGGGGAAGACAUCUUUGUAUGGAAUGGAAUGGAGGUUGGAGGAGUGCAGAUUGAGACUGGGAUAGGCUGCGAGCCUCUGCUGCUCAACGUGCUUCAUUGGGAGUCAAGUGGUGAAGGCACAACCCAAGGGCGAGUGAUAGAAUCGCCGCAUGUCUUUCCCGCUAACGCAGAAGUGGGCACUGUGUUCACAGCUGCACCCACCCCAGCAGGCAUGGUGCUUGUGAACAGAGCCAGGUCUGCAGGUGAAGAGAGCUGGACUGCCAUUCCCCAGGCAGACAUGAAGACGACGUUCAGAGAGCAGGGGCUCAGGGACGGAAGCUCCAUUCUGAUUCAGCCUUCUCACAAUGAGGAGAGCAGUCUGUUGCCCAAACAAGGGAAGUGGAUAAAUGGUAUGCAUGAGAUCCACUGGAUCCAAGUUAAAAAUUUAUGCCAGUUAGAAUCUGAAGAGAAGCAAGUUGAAAUAUCAGCAACUAUUCACACAGUGGUGUUUGAUAUUCGAAUUAAAGCCAUAAAGGAAUUAAAAUUAAUGAAGGAACUAGCUGAGAACAGCUGUUUGAGACCUAUUGAUAGAAACGGGAAGCUGCUUUGUCCAGUGCCGGAUGGUUCCACUUUGAAGGAAGCAGAAGUGAAGAUGGGGAGUUCUUUGGGACUGUGUCUUGGAAAAGCACCAACUUCCUCUCAGCUGUUCCUGUUUUUUGCUAUGGGGACUAAUAUUCAACCUGGGACAGAGAUGGAGGUCAUAGUAGAAGAAACACUGUCUGUGGGAGAUUGUUUAAAGAUAAUGCUUGAGAAAUCUGGCCUAUCAGGAGAUGCAUGGCAUUUACGAAAAACGGAUUGGUGCUACGAAGCUGGGGAGCCUUUGUGUGAAGAAAAUGCAACCCUGCAAGAGCUUAAGAUCUGUUCUGGAGACACAUUGCUUUUAGUUGAAGGGAAACUUCCUCUUCCGGGUGUCCUGAAGAUGCCCAUCUGGUGGUACCAGCCUCGGGGUCCCUCAGGACACUGGGAGAGUCAAGACCAGCCCCAUUCCUCUUCCCAGGGCAACGGAUGGAGAGCUUCUGGCACCCAAGGUGCUGCUGGCCAUGUACCUGCAGAGGGUUCUCUCUCCUACUUGGGAGACAUGGAGAUCUCAGAAGACACUGCUUUGGUGGACCUGAAGUUUCAGGCCAGGGCCUUGGCCCCUUCCUCAGAGCUUGCUGUCCCUGCCCCAGCCCUCCUCAGAGCCUGGACGGUGGAGAGCAGGCGCCCUGGCAGGCUCUUACGCGCUGACCGGCAGCAGCUCAAGGAAUAUAAACUAGGACGGAGAGCCGCCAUCUGCCUGGAGCCCCUUCAGGAGGAGGAGCGGCUGGGCCCCCAGGAUGUGCUGCUGAGGACGCGGAUGCGCAUCCCUGGGGAGAGGGCCUACGCCCCUGCCGUGGACUUGGUGUGGGACACCGCCCGAGGCUGGACUGCCGGCUCCCUGAGGCAGAAAGUGGCCGAUCUCUAUUCUCUUCCUGUGGAGAAAAUUGAAAUUGCCAAAUACUUCCCUGAAAAAUUUGAGUGGCUUCCGAUAUCUAGCUGGAACCAGCAAAUGACCAAGAGGAAAAAGAAGAAAAAGCAAGACACUUUGCAAGGGGCCCCCUACUACUUGAAAGACGGAGACACCAUUGGUGUUAAGAACCUCCUGGUUGACGACAGUGAGGACUUCAGCACGGCCAGGGACGACGCUGGGAGAGACGAGCAGGAGCAGCUGGCUCACGGGAAGGCGGGCAGCCGAGAAGUCCUUUGUGCACAGAGCAGUGAUGUUGUCUCCAGUGCAGUGACACCUGUCCGGCCCCGAGGACCAGAGGCUUCUCUGUCCAUUCACGUUGGGAGCUUCAGAUAGCACUGGCAGCAGGAUGAGUCCCAGCACGUGCCCAGGCUCUGUGCCAGGCCACUUAACCAUCGGUGCCUCAGAAGCGGAAGUGUUGUUUGCGGGUGGACAAGUUGUCCGCCCGUGCAACCCUGGACCUCAGAUCCUCAGCUUCCCUACCAACAGGGACGGCUUCUCCCAGGUCGGGCAAAUGCGCUCCAUUGCCCAGCUCUGCAACGCAUGCUGGCCCGUGGGGGCCCCUGGGGGCUGGCACAGACAGGUAUCGUGCAGGUGCCAAGCAGAUGCUGACCUCACCCCAUGCCUGACCCCAGUGGCCUUUUUUUCCAAGAAGUUUACUCUAGUGCAUUGGCCACAGGUAUGCACAAGGUGGCACAGCGCUCAAAUCAGAUACUGUGUGGGACCCGUACGUGUGUAGUCACCGGCAUUGCAAGCGGGUUCUGAGCCUGUCCUGAGCUGCAGGGCUGGCCACUUAUAUCACGAGAAAGGGUAGCCAGUGCCUUCCACCUGCCGCCCCCACACCCCCGUCCUGGCUCUCAGGUGACGUGUUUCUUUCCCCUUUGGGCCUGCCAGAGGAGGCGGCCUCGGCACAGCUAGUGCCACCUGGAGGACUGGUCUGACCGGGGUUCUGAGGUCGGAGUGUUCUUGCAGCUCCCAGGCCUUUGCCUCUGGGAGCUGCUGGGAGGCAGGAACAGACCAGGCCCCCAGUUUGGGUUCCCAGGCUCACUUGAUUAAAACGGGAAAACGCAAAAGCCUUUUUUUCCCCCUUCUUAAUUCAACACAGAUAACUAUUCAAUUUAAAUUAAAUUUCAAUAAUUUAAUUAGCAUUAGGAGUUGGCUGACCUAGCGAGCUGGACGAUCCGCCUGGUGUCAAGCCGCAUCCCUGAGGUGUCAUGGACAGGCUCCCCCGGUGGACACCGGUCUGCUUCAGUUUCCCGUCAGCCCUCAGGGUUGAGGGGCAGGAUGGGGAAGAACUGACCAGGUGAGGUGGUGUGACCCCCUCAGCCUCAGGGCUGCCUGCUCUGCAGCUGAUCGGCAGGUGGUCCUGUUUUUCACCCCCCACCUCCCAUGCCGUCAGUCUGUGUAGAAGCACUUGCACGGGGAGACCCUGGGCUUGGGCCAGCAAGCCAGGCAGUUGUCCAGCCCUCUAGAGCACAAACAAAGCCCCGUCCUGUGGCUCCUGCCCGGCCUUGCCGGCUGCUCAGCUGCUGACUGACAUUAUUUCCUUAGUGUGCCUUCAUCCCAUCUUAACAUUAAUGUGAUAGCGGAAACAUUUUGCUUUCAAGGAACCAGAGGCCUCCCCAAACCCGAAACAGCCUCAGUGCUGGCCAGCAGGGGCGCCCACCCCGUGCCUGCUGGAGCACGGGGAGAAAGCUGUAAGAUUUUGUUAAGGAAAAAAAUAAACCACUUUUAAAGCUGCA